GUACACAACCGUCACACAAGAGGAAAUAGCAGAAGCAUCGUCAAUAGUGUUCCUCCACUAACAGCCUGUGGUGCAGUACCUGUCAGAAAUCCACAAAGUCACACUGCGCUUGGAACAAUGGUUUGACUGUUCUCUGGAAAGUAUGGGCAACCUCAUCCCCUUGAUACUGCUGGCCUGUGUGGCUCAGGUGUUGAAUUCCCAGAUGCAGCUGAAUCCCAGAACCAUCACUUUGCUGCGAGGUGACACGGCCCGGCUGAUCUGCAGCACGGCUGAGCCCUGGCAGGUGAUGGUGUGGAUCCUCAACGGUGGCUCUGUGUUGACCAUCUCAGCCCAGUACGGUAUUCUCUCAAACAACCCCAAUGUGAACGCCAUUAACUGCUCCACCAAUCAGCUCUCCAGCUGGGAAUUUACACUGAAUAGAGUCCAGCGCAGCUACCAGGGACAGGUGACCUGUGACCUUCAAAACAUCCAGAGGCAAACUGCCGAUCUGUUUGUUCAAGAGAGGGGUAAUGUGGCCAUCACAGGGGGGAACGUGACUGUGCUGAAGGGGGAAGAGAUCCUGUUCCAGUGCCUGGCUGUAGGCUGGUACCCAGAGCCUAGUCUGACUUGGCUUGUGAAUGGCAGAGAGGUGGACCAGGGUCAGUACAACAUCAGCACUGAAGGGCCUGUUGAUGUGGAUGGGCUCUACAACCUGACCAGUAACCUCAGCGUCCAGGCAGCAGAGAGCUCUCAUGUGGAGUGCCUAGCCUCUGUCUCUGCCCUACCCACGCCCCAGGCCAGCAGUGUACGUCUGACUGUGGUUGCAGAGGUGGGUGUGGAGAAUGUAUGCGACGACUGCGCUGUUCUAAUCRCAGUAACAGCCUCCGUGUCCGCCGUGCUCCUGCUCCUGCUGCUAAGCAUCUGCAUUGUCCUCUGUUACGUACGGAGAAGAGCAAAAUCAAGCCUACCGGAGGCAAUAAGGAUAGACGAAUCAAAGAGCGGGAGAAGCUCCGUUGCUGAGGCGACCGGGGGGGAGGUCAACCUGGGAUACACCACAGAGGGCCACUCAGACGCUGGCCGCAGUGACCUCAUCGUCACUGGGGAAACCCACAGCCAGAUGAACUCCAUCAGCACUCACAAGAUCCCAGAUGUUGUCUCUUCCAGUAACUUCUCGCUAACCACCAGUCAGAGUAAUGCCCCAACAGACCACUGUGGAGAUGGCUCCAAGACUGUCAGAAGAAUGACUACGGUGUGAUCGUCGUAUGGGGUCCAAACAAGAUAUGCUGGAUUUUUACUGUUACAUUAGUGUAACAUUGCCAAUUAUGCUACACAACAUGCUUUUCAUUAAAUGUAUCACACUUUAUUGUACAUACUGUAGGUAUAUUCACUUGAUGUAAACUUUGUUUUACAUUUUUGUAUUGUCACUGCAUAUUGAGGAUACCUAAUCCCAUGGAAUUAACUCUCAACGCUUCGUUUGUGGGUUUUUGUGUUCACACAGUUUUUGGGAUCACACAGACCAAGGCAUCAGAUGACUGACUCUCUCAAACAUUUUUGUUCUCACUCACAUAUUCUUCCCAGGUUUUAGGAGGAGUUAACAACUAUCCACCGGCUAUAGUAAUAUGGAUUAAGAAACACAAUAGCCUGGACCCCACUGAGUCAUGGGUUCAUCAUUGAUAUCUGUUGUGUAAGCCUAUGUUAAUCCUCCUGUCAACAGUUACAUGGCCAACUCACCAUCAUCACAAUGCUCAGCUAGGUUUCACAUUUUCAUAGGUGACAGGGUUCGGAAAAGAUAAAGCAUGGAACAAUUUUCAGUGAUAUAGUGGCAUGGUUUCAAGACCUCCUUGUAAGUAGACGUUAUCCCGGCAGAUACAUGGGUCUGUAUUGACCAAUCAUCACAAUGGUCAAUGAUGAGGCCUGGGAAGUGAGUGACAGCAGGUGUUCUAGUGGCAUUUUCCUCCAGUUGAGGUGUUAUAGGAUAGGGAUACCUUCCUGUGUUCAUUGAUGGAUGAUGCCAACAUUAAUAAUAUAUGCUAUCCCUUCCUGUGAAAAUGGAUACAAGUGACUUUCAACAAAAAGGAAGACAAAAAUGGCUUUUUAUUACGUGAGAUAUGUAAACUUUCUCUUCAAAAGCUGCCUAUGAUGUAAAAAAAUAAAGCAUGUCCUAUAUUAUA